CCGAUUCAACAAACGCGGGAAUACAAUAGUUAAAAAUUUUCCCAAAGUAAUGUAAUUGGAAUGCUGUUUAUAUCUCUACUCUUGGCAAAAUUGGUCAUUAAUAUCAAAAACACUAUAUUUUAUUAUCUGUGCAUUUAAUUUUUGCUUUGUUAUGUCGACAAGGGGCGUGAAGUUUCUCUUUUCUGUUGGCGAAUUCGUGCUAUGUUUUGAACCAGAUCCCACGAAAGCUCGGGUUUUGUAUGAUGCAAAGAUUUUAGACACGACUUCCUCUAAAGAUUUAGCUGGCACCAAGAUUCCUGCAUACCAUGUACAUUUUCAGGGUUGGAAUAACAGUUGGGAUCGUAUUGUUCCAGAAACAUAUGUUUUGAAAAAUACAGAAGAAAACAGACAGUUGAUGAAAAAGUUAGCUGACACCACCAAGAAGUAUCGGAUAAACAGUGCACGUAAUAGGAGGAUUGACAGAAUUCUCAGGAAGGCUUUUCGAGGGAAACCACCUUUGUUUGAAGAUGAUGGAGACAGUCCAUACGAGGAUGAUGAUUACAUUAGCUCAGAGAGUGAGAAUGAGAAAACAGAGGAGGAGGAAAAGAAAGAUGAAACAGAAAACAAUGAAUUCAUUGAACAAAUACAGAAUGGUUCCAUCCAGGAACCUGAUUGUCAGAGUACCAACAGUAGUGAGGAUGAUGGGAGUAACUAUAGUAACAAGUCUGAGGACAAAAAGAGAAAGGUUAAUGUGGACAUAGAGCUUCCUCCACUGCUAAAAGAAGAGUUGGAAAAGGACUAUAUAGCUAUAUGCAAGCAGGAUAUGGUUUUAAAUUUACCAGCACAGCCAAAUAUCAUAUCAAUAUUGGAGGAAUUUGUCAAAUCUUUUUGUGUGAAUGUGCUGUUCAGUAAUACAGCUAAGAGCAGUGUUCUCAACAAAGAGGGUUCAACUACCGUACCUGUGGAAAGAAAUAUUCCCCUGUGUAAGGAGAUGGUAGAUGGACUUCGUCUUUGUUUUGAUUACACUCUCCCCCUCAUCCUUCUGUACACCUCUGAGAGAACACAGCUUGAUAGACUGAUUGCCUCACAGAAACAAAAGUCCCAUAGCACCGAUGGUCCCACAACAAACUCACCUCCUCCCAAAAAGUCUCCUAUGAAACGAAAACACAAUUUAAGAACAAGUCAGGCAUCCUCAUCCAAUGGAAAUGUGUCUCCUAAGAUUCCAAAACUAUCCCCUGAAAUUUUCAAAGACAAGAUUGAAUUUGAAAUAUCGGAGCAGGAAGAGCUAGCUCCCAGAAGAUUAACGAGACAGUCAGCAAUAGAAAAUGCUAGAAAAAUCACAGACUCUAAACAGGGGCAGUAUGAACACUCCACAGGAUCAGAGGAGACCGACAAAGAAGAACAAAAAGUAGAGGGCUCUCGAAAGAAGGAAACUCGUAGAAGUCGUAGGCUCAGCUCAAGUCACCCAAUGUGUUCGACAACUGUGAAAACUGAGCCCCCAGACUCGGGGACAGAGGCUCACUCUUCUCGUGAUCCUGAGGACGCACCCCCGCCCCUCCUGGUCCCCAACACGGUCACCACGUCUCAGAAGCCAUCAGACAACGCCAGUCAGGGCAGCAAGGCCAGCAGCGCGGCGUCAUCCGAGUCCUGUAAAGAAGACAUUCUGGAUAGGAUUCUGUCCUGGCAGCUCCUGCCCCCAGAGAAAUUACAGGCUAACCCCACAGCACCCUCCCUCCUGUAUGGAGCACACCAUCUCUUGCGGCUCUUUGUAAAACUUCCUGACCUGAUCACCAGUAUGAGUAUGGAGGACCACAAAGUCAAGGCUCUGCUCUCCCUCCUUCACUGCUUCCUGGAGUAUGAAAUGGCACUUGCAGAAAAUCUUAACCGUGCAAUUAUAAGCGGAGAUCUUCCGCAAGUACAGAAACUGGUUAAAGAAGGUGCAGCAAUGGAUUUCCUAUUGGGUAUGCGUGGAACAGCAUUGUGUGCUGCUCUGUCAGCAAACCAAAGCAGCAUCGCCCAAUUCCUCAUCGAAGCGGGCUGUGGAGUUAAUGUAGAAGACUACGAUAAAGAGCCACCAAUUUUCCUGGCGAUCAGCAAGAAAUGUUUCGACGUGGUACACAAACUGACGCAGCAUCCCAAAUGUAACCUAAACAAGUACGACCCACUUACCAACGUAUCACCACUAGCUCUUGCCGUCAAAAACAACCACCAAAAUGUCAUCAGGUGGUUCAUACAGGCUGGGGCGGAUCUCAAUGUGACGGACCACGCUGACAAUACUGCUUUACAUAUUGCAAUAUGUGAUCGGAAUUACGAAGUGAUGAAAAUGUUAGUUAAAGGUGGCUGUGAUUUGUUGAAGAAUGACUCGAAUGGCAGGUACGGUGCGUCACCCAAUGAAACCGACGACAACUUAACGGAAUCCCCUCUUCUCGCAGCUAUAUACGCCAUGUCCUCCCACGUCGGUCAGAUUGAGAGUACUACAGUGUCAUGGCUGUUACAGGCAGGGGCUAACCCCAAUGCUUGUGGUAAAUUGACGUCAUCAGCUUCUGUAUAUUCUUACAUUGAGACUCCCGUAAUGCUCGCAUGUCGUUUAAAUAAUGUUGAAGCCCUUGACAUUCUACUAUCUCAUGGUGCAAAAAUGGAUAUAAGAAACGAUGAAAUUGGACAUGUCAGCAGAAAGAGUCUUCUCUCUAUUUCUUUUUCACACAAUGCCAUUGAAACUGCACGUUUUCUCAUCAAUGGAUGCGGUGUAUUGGAUGCCAAAGAUAACGUCAGUAAUUCGGAACCAGAUGAAAACUUACUGAUGGCUCUAGGAGACAUGUAUCACCCAGAAGUAGAAGAGUUUGCUAAAGCUGUGAUUACCAAUGAUAAUCCGGGUGAAUCAGACCUACAGGAAUCUCUUAUCAAUUCUAUUAUGAAAAACAACAUCCAUCUUGCUGUUGCCUUGUUACAGCAUGGAGUGGACGCCAAUAACGUGAACUCAGAUGGCUACUGUGCCAUUCAUCACUGUGUCAAAUUCGCAAAUAAAGACUUUUUACUGAAACUUCUGCAAAACGGGUCUGAUAUCAAUAUAACAACCGCUGAUGGACUGAGCCCUUUAGAAAUGUGUUUGGAAUAUUUUGACGAAGACCACUUGGACAUGACGUAUUUUCUGAUUGAGGCAGGAUGUGUUAUUCCAAAUAAGUUUCAACUUUAUCCCGAGGAUGAGAGUGACGACAGUGAAUCUGAAUCAGAUGAGGAGUGUGAUACGUUUUUCGAUGACGCUGAUUAUCCUGCAGCCUUCAUGGAGGACAAGCACCUGCGAACUAUUGUGACGUCAUUGCAGAAUCACCCGCAGCCACUUCUACAGCGAUGUCUCCACGUGUUACGCAUGCACUUUGCGCACAACCACCUGCCAUUUAUUUCCAUGAGACGACUUCCAUUACCUAGAAAACUUUUAGAUAUGCUUAUGUUUGAAACUUUCCAAAAGAGUUUUAGAAUUUCUUAGAUUUUGGUUGCUUUUUGCUGUGUUCUAUUUAAGAUAUUUUUUAUUACAAUAAAGAGUGUUGUUUUAAAGGUUA